AUGGGUAGGCACAAGCGAGACAAGAGAAGAUCUCAGUCGGAAUUCAUCGAAGGAGACGAUGAUGAAGCUGGAAAGCACUUACGUUGCGCACAGAGUACGCUAGAACUGUAUUCGAAGAGAAGGUCUGCAAAAAACGAUGAGGCGAUUUCUGCUACUUCCGAUGUUCUGCCUAUUCCUCUGCUAACACGUGUGAACAAACUAAAUGCCGUUAAAGAAGCUGGUAUAGAGGACUCGAGCCCAUGUAUAGUACUGGCUAGAAGCGAAAUAACAGAAAAAGUUUCCGACGAAAACAUGCAUUUUCAAGAUUCACGUGAACAUCUCAGGGACCUGAGCGCUCGGGCGUUGAAUGGAAUGAACGCACUCGAUUUUCGUGAUAGGAUGCUCUCUUCUCUUCGUACAUACAAGGCUAUGUCAGCUUUGGAUUGUGGUAGCCGGCCAGUUUUCCAGCCAUUUCUGCGUCGUAAUCUUCUUUACCUCAUGGCCUUUGCGGAUAGGGUUGUUCCCACUUACACAUUUGGUGAGGAUGAACCGCCGUUAUUGUGGCCAUGGAAACCAGUGUACAAUAUUCCUCGACGCGCUAUAGCCGAUCGUCGGGUGCGGCUGAACGAAAUUAUAGAAGUGUUGCUCUCUCGUAAUUCCAUUGAAGAGAAAGUUCGAGAACUCAGUGAUGUUCGUAGUUUUCAAUUUUCUGUCGGAGCUCUAGCAGCUUUUAAGAGAACGAUGGAUGUAAAAAUUUUACAUCACUGCUUGGCUUAUCGGAAGUUUCUCAGAGCUCGUGGCAUGUCCGUUCCGUUUCCAAGAAAAAGAGUUGAAUCCUCAAUUGGUAAUAUUGUUGACAAUCGUAUUUACCAUUCUCUUCUUUCUGAAGAUUCUGCGACUUUGUCGUUCAGGAUGGUAUUCCAUAAUUUCCUUGAAGGAGAGCGUCUAGCAAAAGUACAGGUUUAUAUUGUCCAACAAAGGGGAAAAUCGUUUGGGAAGGUUGAACGCCUUCCGUCUGCUACAUUUACAGUUUCUGUGAAUGCUCCCAUGCAGCCGGUUGCAAUCGAUCUACCAGCAAUAUUUAGUGAUUCACCUCUGCGAGUUUACGUAAUUGUACGUGUAGAUGUGACGAAUAACUUGAAGGGUGUUCGUGUGGAUGCUAGAGCUUCCAAAGAGUCUAUCCGUCUGUUGCUAUUCCAUAAUCUUCGAAACGUUAUGUUUCGUCUGGACUAUCAGCGUCAAAUGCCUUCACGUCUUCUUUAA